GAGCUCAAAUGAUACAAGUGGGAGAUCAAAGGUCAGGCAGAGAUGAGAUCGACCGUUUGGAGAGAUCACAUGAGACGAACACCACAAACACUGAUACAGUGGAAAGGAAAUAAAACAUAAACAUUGCGUCUGAUGUCUCGUGCGCAGAGUCGGACCUCGAUAAGUCGACCUUCCCUAAGUCGAAAACCUCCCUUUAACGAAUUAUUUGUUAGUUCCCGGUCAGAUCCCUGCGCCUAUUCCGCCAUUUUGCCUAACUCGAAAACUCCCAUGUGUGCACCAGUGAUGGUAGAACUGGAAGGAGAGACAGACCCUCUACAAAUAGCUAUGAAGGAACUUAAAGCAAGAAAGAUUCCCUUCAUAAUACGCAGAUACCUACCAGAUGGCAGCUAUGAAGAUUGGGCUCUUGAUGAACUGGUCAUCACUGACUAAGACUAUUUUGACAAUAAAGUUGUAUUUUAUUAUUG